UGUAUAAUUUUAAUUCAGUUAAUUUUUAAAAAAAAUUAUUAAUUUCCAUUGCUUUUACAUAAUUGUCAUUUCUGAAUAUGCCUUCCUUCAUCACCCUUUUACUUGGUGAAAGACUUUGUUUUUUAAAUUGUAAAACUUACUUAAAAAGAAAAUAAAAAUAGGUCAGGCUUUAAACACUACCUUAAUGGUAAUAGUCUUUUUUUAUUCCUAUGACAUCCCCUAUUCAAAAAAAAGAAAGAUAGCCAGUCUGGAAACACAAGACCAUUGCAUGUUAUGAAGUUGGUUGUUUAAAAACAUUGUUUGUUAUUAGUUGGAAUGCUGGGUGUAGGCUGAUGUGCUUCAUAUUUGCAUAUAGCCUGAAAGUCAUAUUUUUUAUUCUCAACAAAUAUCAUCUUUGUUGGAAUAUCUCUACUCAGUAUAGUUACAGUAAGAGCCUUUUUACUUAGGAAAAGACAUAUUGUAUCUAAGACUGUUUUCUUUCUUCCCCCUUCUUCCUUUUUCAGAUAGCUUUAAGUUAAGGUGCCUUCUUUCUACUCAAACUAUUAUUGGGAUGCACCAGUUGUCUUAUUUAGUAUACUCUUGGUACUCAAUAACUAUUAAAAAUAAUAAUUAUCAUUAGACCUAAUGAUGAUGACAGAUUAGGAAUAGCUAAAUUUACUACAUGAAGGCUAAUGCUAUUGGUAAAUUUCAGUUCCAGGAGGAAAACUUGACAAAAGAUUCGGAGCAGGAUGCAGCACUUAAACUUGCUCAGGAACGAGCUGAAAUAGUUGCCAAAUAUGAUCGAGGUCGUGAAGGUGCAGAAAUUGAACCUUGGGAAGAUGCUGAUUACCUUGUUUACAAAGUUACUGACAGAUUUGGCUUUUUACAUGAGGAGGAGCUUCCAUACCACAAUGCAGCAGUAGAAAGGCAAAAGCACCUGGAAAUUGAAAGAAGUACAAAAUGGCUGAAAAUGCUGAAAAGCUGGGAAAAAUACAAGAAUACAGAAAAGUUUCAUAGGAGAAUUUACAAAGGAAUUCCACUUCAGCUAAGAGGUGAAGUCUGGUCUUUACUACUUGAGAUUCCUAAAAUGAAAGAAGAAACAAGAGACCUUUACGAUAAACUAAAACAUCGAGCACGAGGAUGUUCACCUGAUAUCAGACAAAUUGAUCUUGAUGUCAACCGUACAUAUAGGGACCAUAUUAUGUUUAGAGACAGAUAUGGUGUGAAGCAACAAUCCUUAUUCCAUGUUUUAGCUGCAUAUUCUAUUUAUAACACGGAAGUUGGAUACUGUCAAGGAAUGAGCCAGAUCACUGCUUUGCUCCUUAUGUAUAUGAAUGAAGAAGAUGCAUUCUGGGCCUUAGUGAAGCUACUUUCGGGCCCCAAGUAUGCCAUGCAUGGAUUUUUUGUCCAAGGUUUUCCUAAGCUUCUCAGAUUUCAAGAACACCAUGAAAAAAUACUGAAGAAAUUUCUGUCUAAACUUAAGCAACACUUGGAUUCUCAAGAAAUUUACACAAGCUUUUAUACAAUGAAGUGGUUCUUUCAGUGUUUCCUUGAUCGAACUCCCUUUACUUUAAACCUCAGAAUAUGGGAUAUUUACAUUUUAGAAGGAGAACGAGUUCUUACUGCCAUGUCUUACACGAUCCUGAAACUACACAGAAAACAUCUAAUGAAAUUGUCUAUGGAAGAACUUGUGGAAUUUCUUCAGGAAACACUAGCCAAGGACUUUUUCUUUGAUGAUGACUUUGUAAUAGAACAACUUCAGAAUUCUAUGUUAGAAUUGAAACGGGCCAAGUUAGAUCUCCCAGAACCUGGCAAAGAGGAUGAAUAUCCAAAGAAACCUUUGGGGCAACUUCCACCUGAACCUCAGUUUGUUGUUAAUCAGCUAAGCAAUGGACAGAAAAAUGUUGGUUUAGCAAACUGCCAACCAUCCAAAAAAACAGAUAGUACGACUCCCAAAAGACAAGAAGUGUCGCCCCAUCAUCAGAGUACAGUCAAUGCAGGAGAAAAGAUUCCUUCUAUAAAGAAAGUUGAUUCAAAAGAAAAAAAUAGUGGAAAGAUUAGGAGUGAAGGAGAGACUCGAAGAAAACAACCGUUAAAUAUACAAGACAAUUCCAAGCAAUAUAAUAAUGCAACAGCUAACCAAAAUUCUAAUGCUACUUCAAAUAUCCGGAGGGAUUUUGUACCAAAGUGGAAUAAACCUUCAGAAAUGUCAACCAUUGAAAAAACAGCAAAAUAUUCAACUGAAGGCUUAAGUAGAACAACAAAUCACACACUUGUCGGCACACCCCCAAGUCCUGGUGAAACACAGGCAUUCAAUGUAAGGCAGAAGGUAAAGAUUUUAGAUGAUGAUGAAGGUAAGCGUGGGUCCAAUGCCUCCCAGUAUGACAAUGUUCCAGGAACUGAGAGUGAAAAUGGGACUUCUGUUGAGGAAGUAUUAGAAAGAGCUCACUCUCAAAGUCCAAAUAAAGUCAUUUAUCCAAGUAGUCCCAGGAAGUAUUCUGAGAGAGGUUCUAGUCCAUCAAAAAUAUCAAAUAAUUUUACCUUGAAUGCGCAGCCACCAAAUUCCCCAAGAUAUUCAUCCCAGGUGGAUGGCAUAAGUCAUAUGAAAAUGCCACCACCAUCCUAUAGCCAUCCCCCUGUUUACCAUGGAAGUUCUCCCAAACAUGCCUGUACUGUUAACACUAAUUCCAUACCUCUGCAUGCUAACCAUGGGACUCAGAUCAGCCCUUCUAGAAGACCUUAUGGCUCCAAUCAUUCCUUAGACUUUUCUCCAGAGAAAUCUUAUAGCCGCCCUACCCCUCUUGUGCUACCAUCUAAUCGAAUAGAAGUCCUACCUGUUGAUGUCAGUGCUGCAGGAUCAUAUUCAGGCAAUUCAAGGUCUCCUAGGGGUGGUGACUUCAUAAUUCCUCCAGUGGAUUAUUUGCCAGAUAACAGAAAAUGGCCAGAAGUUACUUACACAUACAGGCCGGAGGCAUAUGGACAGUCAUGGAGCCGAGAUGCUAACAGAAGUCACUUCAGCAACUUACCAAAGCAUACUGUUUUUCAGCAUGUAGCUAUUCAGGAAUACAACCUUCCAGCUGUUUCAAUAGAUAGUCCAAUACGGUAUAGAACUUCACCAUCUUUGGAAGAUGUUGGUUCACCCCGGUAUCAAUAUUCAAGUGCACCACCUCCACCACACUACAGAAACCGUGAUGGACUUUCUAUACAUGAAUCAGUGUUGCUAUGAGAAUCUACUUAUGUUUACUUAACAGGAGAGAAUAGAAACCAUUUAAGAUCUACAUUGCUAUGUUUGUAAUUGCCAAAGCAGUAUUUUAUAUGGUUAUGGACAACUUGUGCAAUUCUAUGUAUGUCGAUAAUAAUAAUAAUAUAUCAAAACAUUUGGGACCCCAGAUAGAUGCUACUGAAGUUGAGCAUUUUAAGUUGUGUUAUUAUUGAAUUUUUAAAAUAAUAGCAUAUAUAAACAUAGCAAUAGUAUGGAAACAUGUACGCACAAUAUUAAUUCAUUAGUACUUUACACUUUUCAUUUGCAUAAUCUUUUUAUCUUUCAGAAUAGAGAAUUCCAUGUGCCAGCUUUAUUUAAAAAAAAAAAACAGCACUGAAAAAAACAUGUAGAAUGGGUAUUUUUCUGACUAUAUGUAGUGUACGUAUCAUCUUUAAAUAGAUAGCUGUAGAUAUAUGCAUACACAUUCAGGUGUGUUCAGAAAAUUGAAAAGCAAUUAUCAAUAACUGAUAUUAAAUUGUAUGCUUACUUCUCUAACUUGUCUUUUAAGCAAAGACUUUCUUGGAUUUUGCUUUUUAACCCAUUUCUCUUAGUCCUAAACUAAAACUAAAAUUCUCCCAGAAUACUAAUUUUUUUUCCCUCUUUUGGUUUUUGUCAUCUAUCAUUCUAUCUGAAAAACAGUUAAACAAAGAAAUUGGAAGAAAAAGAAGUACAGCUUUCUAAACUGACUCCUGAGUGGUGCUUAAAAGCAAGGUAGAUCACAGAGAUAUGUGCCACAUAGACCGCAUAUGAUGAGGUCACUUUUAACAACAAAAUAAAUUAAAAUAAAACCAUUGUUUUAUUCUAAUUUGAUCCUUCUAAGGCCCAGAGCAAAAUGGUCCUGGCUAUAUACAAAAGAUAUGCUAAAACAUAACCAACCUAUGUAAAAAGUUAUAGCAAUGGAGCCAUGGUUGUGCUAUUGUCAGGCCAUUAAUAAUUAUUAUUAAACUGAAUGUAAACAUUAUCCCACAUGUCAAUAGGAAUCUAAAAUGACUAGUCUUUUUAAAAAAAAAUUAAUGUGAUUUUCAUGCUUUUUUAAAAUAUUCCUUUGCUUUUUUUCCACUUUGGGAAAAAAUUUCAAGUCAAAUUAUAUACUUUUAAAUUGGUCUUUAGAGGACAUUUCUUUAGACAAGCUACAUUACAAUAUACAUAUAUGGUCAAUUCUUGAGCAAUUCAAGAAAAUACACAUGUUGUUUAUAUGUAAUUGAACCGUUUGGUAUUAGAAUUACUUUUCAUAAUAUUUGAGUAAUAGAAAAUUUUACUGAAUCAAAGAAUAGGCAUUGCAGGCUAUUAUUGCUGCAGGCUGAUUCUUUAAAGUUUUAAGGUACAGAAAUAUAAUGCCUUUGAAAAUGGAAGUAACAUUUAUUUAGUUAGCUAGUGAAUGUUUAUGUAUAUAAUGUAUCUGGUGUAAUUUUAAUGAACUUGAUAAUAUUUUAAAUGAUAGAACAUGGUAUAUUAAUAGCUAAACACUACACUGAAUCACAAAGAAAUUAUGAUUAUUAGUGUCACUGGGCUAUUGACUUAGAUUGGUAAUAGCUGCUUGGAAUAUAUGUAUAUAAUGUAGCCAAGGAUGUUAACCUUAAAAUUUAAACCUGGAUUCUGUGAUUUAUAAUAAAGUAUAAUGUAAAAUUUA